GAACAUUAAACCCUUCUCCAUAGUCACUACUCACCACCUUACUUUCCCCCAAAUUUUCAGAUUAAAUUUGUGGUUACUUUUUCAGACUCUCAUUGCUCUUUGAGGGUUUUGUGGAAAAGAAACUGUCGAAACACUCAAAAUUCACCUCUUACGCGUUUAAACUCUCAAUUUCAUGGUAGUGUUUGGCAGCAUUGUCCGUAAUCUAAACCGAGAUUUAGAAAACAUGGAGUGCAAUAAAGACGAAGCCGUAAGAGCAAAAACAAUAGCUGAGAAAAAGUUUGAGCAGAGGGACUACGCUGGCUCCAAAAAAUUUGCACUGAAAGCCCAAGCUCUCUAUCCACAGCUUGACGGCAUUUCCCAAAUGCUAACAACCCUAGACGUGUAUUUGUCUGCCGAGAGGAGGAUAAAUACGCUGGUCGAUUGGUACGGGGUGCUUGGCGUGGACCCCACGACCGAUGACGAGACAAUCAAGAAAAAGUACCGGAAAUUGGCUCUUCUUCUUCACCCCGACAAAAACCCCUUGUCCGGUGCCGAUGGCGCGUUUAAGCUCAUUUCUGAGGCUUGGAGUCUUCUGUCGGAUAAAGCCAAGAGGUUGGCCUAUAAUCACCAAAUCGCGGGUUUUAAGGUGUCCCACCCAAAACCUCCUGCACAGACUAGUGUGGGCCCCUCUGCUGGUGGGCCUAGAACUGCCAGCCGCCAGGCCCAAAAUGGUGGCCCGCUGGCACCAAAGCUUGGAAAGAGAGAGCCUCCCGCUCCAAAAAUGCCGAAAAAGAGAUCAAAGACUGUGGCUGCCAAGUCAGCCCCUGCUCCUUCACCCAUUCCGAAAAAAGUCGAGAGUUUUUGGACCAUGUGCCAUGAAUGCAAGGUUAAGUACGAGUAUCACGUGAUGUACCGCAACAGUGUCCUUAGCUGCAUGGACUGCAAAAAGCCAUUUAUGGCUCACCAGAUACCUCGGCCUGCUGAGCUGUCAAGAAUUAAAAAGCCUAGUCACCGGCCGCCUGCGCAACAGCUGAACUCGAGCAAGAAGUGUAGUAAUGAUAAUAAUUUGGAUUCGCAGUCUGUUAUCUCCUGACGAGAAGUGGGUCCUGCCAUUUGCAUUUUGAUGUGUGUGUUUGGGGCCCACUUCCCAAGGAAGGAAUGUGGUUUGGAAAGGAAUAGAAAUCGAGAGUAGGACAAACGAAACAGGAAUCUUUUACGUUGCUUUGUGCAUGGCCCACAUCUCAGUUUAUCUUCCAUGUGGAUGAGGAUUCCUUCCGAGUCCUGUGCAGUCUCUUGGCUGGCCGACAAGACUUGGCUCCACCGGGUUUUUGUCGCAGGUGGUUUUAUGUUUUGAAUUGUUAACCUCUUUUGUUACAGUGAUGUUAAAUAUUCUAGAGUUGGAACAAAAUUUUGGAGAUGUUUCUCAGUUUGUAUCAGCAAGAUCUACAGAUCAGUUUAUACUUUCUAAAGUUGAGUGGCUAGGAUGUUUUUAAAGGUAAUUGUUGUUUUCUCGCCGAAAAAAAAAUGAAAAACAUAUAGUCAGCAAAAUCUUGUGCAUGAACGCAAAAAUUUAAGUAUGUUUCACGAUUUGUAUCACCAGGAUCCAUCGAUCAGUUUCUGGAGGUAAAUGGC